UUUGAUUUUCUUUGCAUUAUUGAAUUCACAGAGUUUGAGAAACCAAACAGAGUCAACUCAUCCUUUUUGGAGCUUUGUAUUUGUAAGGCUUCCAACACUCCACUCUCGCCUUUCGUUUUUAUCUUCAUUCUCUUCUUCGAUUCGUUUCAUCCCCUCUUUUUCUUUCACCUUUGCUCGCUAGUCUGCUUCUGCUCCUUCCAACCUCAGUACGCUCGACCCUUUUUCUUUCAUGCAGCUAACCAGAUACAAUAGUACUUUUCCCCACAACUAGGGUUCUUCAUUUUUCUUCCCUUUUUCUCUUCUCUUCUCUUCUUUUUCGACGCAUCGCCUCUGUGAUUUUGUUUUUUCUUUUGGAUCUUUCUCUCCGUUUUCUGCUCUUUUUUUGGGCUAUAGCGUGAUAAACUUUUAAGGAGAGAGAGAGGGAUAGAGAACGAAGUGCUAAGCAGGAGUUUAAAGUGGUUUUGCUUGCCUUCUUUCUCUUUCUUUCUCUCUGAAAAUAAUAAAAAGUUUCUGUGGAGAGCAAGUUGGAGACAUUUGGACAUUUUCCUUGUGUCUCCUCUACCUCUUUGCCUUUCUUUUGCUUUCCUUCUCCCAAUCUUUCAAGCUUUGUAUUCUCAAAUGCUUUUUCUCAAGUUUUAUACUAUUAUUUAUUGAUUUUCAAUUUUUGGGUUGGCUUGUUUGGGUCUUAAAUUUCAUGGGUCUGGUUGAUAAAUGAAGAAUAGCUGUUAAAGAUUGCCGCGUGAGAGAAGUGCUUGUAAAUUUUUAGAGAAUAAGAGGCAAAUCUAGAAGGGGGAUAAGUGAUAUACUGGGAGAAGAUAUAGGAUAAAAAACAGGCUUUCAAUCAAGUUCAUGAGUUUUGGGGGUUUCCUUGAAAACGGUAGUCCUGGUGGUGGAGGUGCAAGAAUCGUGGCGGACAUAGCAUACAGCAGCAGCAGCAUGCCCGCUGGUGCAAUAGCUCAGCCACGCCUUAUCUCUCAUUCGCUCACUAAAUCCAUGUUCAACUCCCCUGGACUGUCUCUAGCUCUUCAACAACCCAACAUAGAUGGUCAAGGUGACGUACCUAGGAUGGUCGAAAACUUUGAGCCAAACGGUGCUAGGAGGAGCAGAGAAGAAGAACAUGAGAGCAGAUCUGGGAGUGAUAAUCUGGACGGAGCUUCUGGUGAUGAUCAAGACGCAGCUGACAAUCGUCCAAGGAAGAAGAGAUAUCACCGACACACUCCACAGCAAAUUCAAGAACUGGAAGCUCUGUUCAAGGAGUGUCCUCAUCCUGACGAGAAACAAAGAUUGGAGCUUAGCAGAAGGCUUUGCUUGGAGACCAGGCAAGUCAAGUUCUGGUUUCAAAAUCGCCGAACCCAAAUGAAGACCCAAUUGGAACGCCACGAGAACACAUUACUCAGGCAAGAGAACGACAAACUUCGGGCAGAGAACAUGUCCAUUAGGGAUGCUAUGAGAAACCCAAUUUGUUCCAACUGCGGUGGUCCUGCAAUUAUUGGUGAUAUUUCGCUUGAAGAGCAGCAUUUGACGAUUGAGAAUGCCCGCUUAAAAGAAGAACUAGAUCGUGUUUGUGCCCUUGCUGGAAAGUUCUUGGGUCGCCCCAUUUCUUUGUUGGCUAAUUCUAUUGGCCCUCCGAUGCCAAAUUCGAGCUUGGAGCUUGGUGUUGGUAAUAAUGGUUUUGGUUGUUUAAGCAACGCUGCUGCAACAGUACCUUUGGGGCCUGAUUUUUCCAAUGCUUUGCCUGUGGUGACCCAAACUAGACCACCAACAGCUAGCAUGACAGGCUUUGAUAGAUCACUUGAGAGAUCUAUGUUCCUGGAACUGGCGUUGGCUGCCAUGGAUGAGUUGGUUAAGUUGGCGCAGACUGAUGAGCCUCUUUGGUUCAGGAGCUUGGAGGGGGGUAGGGAAGUAUUGAACCAUGAAGAAUAUAUGAGAAUUUUCACUCCUUGCAUUGGCAUGAAACCUAGUGGGUUUGUUUCUGAGGCUUCCAGGGAGACUGGCAUGGUAAUCAUCAAUGGUUUGGCUCUUGUAGAGACUUUGAUGGACUCGAAUCGAUGGGCAGAAAUGUUUCCUUGUAUGAUUGCCAGGACAUCUACCACUGAUGUGAUAUCCACUGGAAUGGGGGGAACUAGAAAUGGUUCACUUCAGUUGAUGCAUGCUGAGCUCCAAGCUCUAUCUCCUUUGGUCCCCGUUCGAGAGGUCAAUUUCCUCCGGUUUUGCAAGCAGCACGCGGAGGGGGUGUGGGCUGUUGUUGACGUAUCCAUUGACACCAUCAGAGAAACUUCCGGUGCGCCAACAUUUGUGAACUGCAGGAGGCUUCCUUCUGGUUGUGUGGUUCAGGAUAUGCCUAACGGGUACUCCAAGGUUACAUGGGUUGAGCAUGCAGAAUAUGACGAGACUCAAAUUCACCAACUCUACCGGCCGUUGAUUAGUUCCGGUAUGGGCUUCGGCGCCCAGCGGUGGGUCGCCACCCUUCAACGUCAAUGCGAGUGUCUAGCUAUUCUCAUGUCCUCUACUGUUCCCACCAGGGACCACACAGCGAUUACCUCAAGUGGGAGACGAAGCAUGCUGAAGCUGGCUCAGAGAAUGACGGAUAACUUCUGUGCUGGGGUAUGCGCGUCGACGGUCCACAAAUGGAACAAGCUGAACGCAGGAAAUGUGGAUGAAGAUGUCAGGGUGAUGACUAGAAAGAGCGUGGAUGAUCCUGGCGAGCCUCCGGGUAUUGUAUUGAGUGCUGCGACUUCAGUUUGGCUGCCUGUUUCUCCUCAGAGGUUGUUCGAUUUUCUGCGCGAUGAACGGUUGAGAAGUGAGUGGGACAUUUUAUCCAACGGUGGACCCAUGCAGGAGAUGGCCCACAUUGCCAAGGGCCAGGAUCAAGGCAACUGCGUCUCUCUCCUACGUGCAAGUGCCAUGAACGCGAACCAGAGCAGCAUGCUGAUCCUGCAGGAGACAUGCAUAGACGCAGCGGGGUCGCUUGUAGUGUACGCUCCCGUUGACAUUCCAGCCAUGCACGUGGUGAUGAACGGUGGAGAUUCUGCCUAUGUAGCUCUCCUUCCAUCGGGAUUCGCUAUUGUCCCUGACGGUCCUGGCUCCCGUGGGUCCCCUGGCACCGCUAAUGACCCAACUAGUAAUAACGGAGGUGGUCCAGGCGGCCAACACAGAGUGAGUGGGUCCCUUCUGACGGUGGCAUUCCAAAUUUUGGUGAAUAGUCUCCCUACGGCCAAGCUUACUGUUGAGUCGGUGGAGACGGUGAACAAUCUCAUCUCCUGCACUGUCCAAAAAAUCAAAGCAGCGCUUCAAUGUGAAAGCUGAUCCAUGAAUAGUGUCGUCUCAAUUUUUAUUUUUAUUUUUACUUUUUUUAACAUGAGCGUCUCUUUAUGUAUUGUUUAGUCAUUCGUGUCUGAUUGGCGGUAAUGGUGGCCCAAGUGUGACAAAAGAAAUUCGAGUUUUUGUGGGUGUUUGAGUCAAGAACGAACCGCGCGUGGAAACUCCUUGCAUGGAGGUUGAAAAAAGUGUGUAGGAUACUGGGGUGCAAACACAGUAUGAAAGCGCAAGGGUGGUGGUUCGGGUAUUGACUCAGGUCGACCCCUGAGUUUGGCUCUAUGAGUAAACAAGAUUAUUUCUAAAACAGGAACUGUUUAUUAAAUCAGACCCUCUUUUUAUGGAUUUUGUUAUUGGGUUGAUCAAUGAUUACUGAGGGCCUUCAUGUA